CACUCUCAAUUUCCUAUUGAGCAGAUGUAGUUUCAUGUGCUGUGUUCAUUCCUAGAGUCAGUCUCUCAUCAGCUGCUGAGUACUUCUACAGCUCGAUCCCGGCUCUCUGAUCCUGCACUGGAGCCCCUGAUCAACUCUUCCACCUCGUAUCCACAGCACACAACAGGACCAUGAAAGAGGACGGCAGCCGGGACGAUGUCUAAGGAAGCUCCUCUCAUUCUUCUUCACCUCGUCCUACUCUCCAGUGUACUGCUGUACCCACACACAGAAGUUCAAGGUCUGUUUGCAAAGAAGGUGGAGGUUCAUCAGCCAGCCCAGCUCUCUGCUGCCCUCGGAGAGACAGUCACUCUACACUGCAACUUCACCUGCACUCUUCAGAAUAGAGAUCGGUUCUAUGGGAAAUUCUACAGAGUGAAAGGAGAGAAGAAAAUAUACGUUGACAAUAAUCCUAUAUCUCGAGCCACAUGUACGGUGUCAUCCACCAUUGCAAAUAUCACAGUGGAGAGUAAAGCUGUUUACUACUGUGAAGUGAAGAUACCAAGUGAUACAACUCCAAUAAAUGUGAAUGGUUCAGGAACAGUAUUAACUGUUCAUGCUGAACCUUCCUCAGUGGAGAUCCCUGAGCCCCAGACCCUUCUUGUGGAUACAGAAGCCCUCCUGAGCUGUGCAGUGAAUGGAUUCUAUCCUCAGAGCAUCUCUGUAACCUGGUUCCAUAGGGAUCUCCAGGUGCCUUUGACCAGCAUCACCAACCACCUCACAAACAACACGAAUGGUACAUUCUCUCUGACCAGCCAGUACAGAUUCACCCCUGUGGUGCGAGACAGUGGUACAGUCUGCCGUUGUCAGGCCUCCCACCCAGCCUGGAGACAUCAUGUGACACUGGAGAGAGUCCUGGAUGUCAAAUAUGGACCCCAGUCCUUGAACCUCACAUCCCAAAGCAGACCUAUCCCAGGGGAAGGAUCAAACAAAACCCUGGAGCUCCCAGCGGGGUCCCCCUUACACGUGUCCUGCUCGCCGGACGGGAACCCUCGACCCUGGACAGGGUGGUUCAAGGACAGGGGGGGCAGGCUGACCCCCGCGGAGUCUCCUGUUGGGUGCAGCAACGAGACCCUCCAUGUUGGAGCGGUGCAGAGAGAGGAUGAGGGGGUGUACUGGUGUGUGGCGAGGAACAGCUAUGGGGAGAGGAACACCAGCUUCACUCUACUGGUGGUGGUUCAUGAUUACGUUUCUUUUGUUUCAUCCGUGACUGUUGCCGCCUGUGUCCUGCUCUUGGGGGUCGUAUCGAUCUGUUUAUAUGCAAGAUGUAAACCGAGAGCAGGACAGGGCUCUCAAAGUCAGGAAACGGCUCAUGAGAUGCAUGCACCAGUGGAAGCGGUAUAUGCAAAGCCACAAAGGAGAACAUCCAAAAAGCAGCAGACAAUCACAGAGACACUAUGUACCGCUGAUGAGCCACAGCUGACUUACACUGACAUCAGGUUUAAGCCUCCACCCAGACACAAGAAAAUGCAGGCUUCUGAAAACACAGAGAUCGUGUACAGCGAGACAGUGGCAUUGUGCCGUCCCUGUGAAAAGAGUGGGCUGGAGGAGCCUGUGUGCACUGUGUAUGCCCUGGCACAGCUUCCAUAGCGGAGGCAGACUAAAGUGAUCCCAGGCACAACAAACGACCAGAGCAAGAACUGCAGCUAAUCAGGCCAUUUACACCAUGCACAUCUGCAUCCUGCCCCUCUCCUUGGGAUUGCAUGAACAGUGUUUUACUUGCUUCCAUGUUUUUGGUUAAGCUUACUUAACCCACCUGUCUACAAUCACUCUGAUGGCUUCCCAUAUGUUGUAUGCACAUUUGUCAAUGUUAACGAACCUGUAAAUAACAUCCUUUUAUAACACACGUGUAGAUUCACAAUUGAUUAUUUUGCUGGAGCCUAACAAAGUGCUACCAAAACAGCUGCUUGAUAAAAGCUUAAACUUUGGCACAAAUCACAAUCACAGACCACUUGAGCUUUGUUAAUACCCAGCUAGUUUACAUUGCUGAACCUUUGCUUAGCCCUGGUACUGUACAGUAAGUAAAAGAACAAAGCGUCUAAAAUCACUAAUACGUGCCCUGGGGUUGAACUUUGAGGUGGGAGUGGGGUGUCACAGUGUAGAAGAAAAGUUCAGUGCAUUGCUGUCUCUUUGAACUUAAGGCAGUCUCAUUAGUUAAUUGACAAACUAAGUGAAUUUUAUUUUGAAAGGCCCCACUAGGUAUUAGUGUUAACCGCUUGUCUGUUUUGAUUAGUGCUUUACUACUGAUUGAUGUGUGGUCCUGCAGCCAGCCCUCUCUUCUGCUGUUCCAGUCCACACCAGCUCGUUCUAAUAGGUCAAAUCAAACAGCGUGCGAGUGCAGCACAGGAAACUGUGGUAAAGUAAUCAAGAGGAAAGGCACGAUAGACGAAGCCAAGGUGGCAAAACACACAAGAGCAGGUUUAAUUGAAGUGCAAGACUUUGUACAACAAAGCAUGCAGGAAGAUUAGUAAAGCACUGCUAUGUAAAUCUGGCACAGGAACAUUUGUUAACGUGGCAGCUUGACUUGCAUUUUUGUAAAGCAGCACCAGCAUGGUUUUCUUUUUGGUACUACUGGUAUGUAUUUUAUUUUAUAUUUAAUGAAUGUAGUAACUGUUUGUAUGCAUCACACUCGUUCUGGUUAACAACUUCACUGACUUUUAACCCAGGCACAGUGGAAAAUGAGAAAGGUUUUCAACCAAACCUUUUUACUCAGUCAACAGCAGUGUGUGUCAUGAAAACCAGAUCAUCAGAUUACAAAAUACAAUUAUUUUUACAGUAUAAACAGGAAAUAGGAAAAAACCAAAAACGUAUUGUAGCUGAAUUUCUACUGCAUUAUUAGUAGUGGCUUUUUUUUUUUUUUUUUUAUAUACACAGCAAACCCAAGUACUUUCAAACAGGGCGCCAGCUAGAAACAGUUUGAGUAUACAUGGUGAUGUUUACCUAGUUUGAUACUUUUUAAUUGUACCUACUGCUGGUACCAUCAGUGUGAAAAUAACACAUUUGAUCCAUAAUUUUAAUCCACACAUGGUGGGAAGCUACUUGUGCUACACAAUUCAUGACAGUAGUGCAAACAGUACAGAGUGUUUUUUUUUAAAAAAAAUAAACAGAGCAUUUGGACAUACUGUUCAAGAACCACAGUGAUCCAUUUAUAUGCUGCUGUUUUAGUUUCUGAAUAUAACAAAUGCACAACAAACUGCACAGUGGUUGGUACACGAGGACUCAUUUAACACUGGGCGCUAUGAACAAUAGAAUCAGAUCGUAGGUAUCAGGCUGUACAUACACUGUGGUCUCUGCAUUAAUCUCAGGGAUCCCUAUAAGGUGACACACACUGCUAAGCAACAUAAGCACAAACACAGCCUCAACCAGGACUAAUACAGGGUUUCAAGAAAAGGCAAAGUUUCCACUUGCACACUGAUAGAUGCAUAAAAUGCAAUGGCAUGCAAAUACUCAAGUCUAAAAAUACUUUGUUCCUGUUAUAACUAUGCAUUUGCAAAAAAAAAUUUAAAAAUCAUCGCAAAUUCCUGUUUUCCAAUGAUGCAGGUUUCUCUCACUACCAUAAUGAUGUAAUCUACAUAAGAGAGCUCAUGUCCCUUCUUGCAUGACACUUGUACACCAAUAUAAAUUCUUUGCAAUUGCUGUAAUUCAUGUAGAAAUAAUGACACUUUGGAUUAAGAUAACUUUGGUUUUGCUGGCAAUACACAGUCGUGCACUAGACUGCCCUUACUUAUAUAAAAAGACACUUUGAUCAAGCCUACAUUACAUAUGUCUAAUGCAGACAACUAGACAGGCAACUGAAGGGCAACAUCUGAACUCAGUCACCUUAAAACACUUACCACAAAAAUAAAUACUUUAAUAUUUGCAUAAUUACAAUGACAAAUCACCCAGAAUGAUUUCCAACAUAACGAAUGGGGGUGAAAAUUAAGCUUCUUACACGUUCAACAGUAACGGCUGGUUUCACAGAAACUGAUAGCACUAAUCUUGGAUUACCUAAUGUUACAAUAGGUAAGGAAGUCCAAGACUAGUGCUAAUCUGUGUCUGUGAAACCUGCUAUUAGUUUAACAAUGCAGAGCCGUAGACAUUUAGACUUGUGUCAUUAAGCUGCAUGGUGCAAGCUUUGCAGAAAGCCUAAUUUCAUGCCCAGCCACUCCAACACCAGCACACCCUAUUCACUGGAUACCACAUCACAGUGACAAGAAGACAAGAAUAGUCAGUGUGUCACCUCCCUUUGCUUUGCAGGUAAACCAGUUGCAGCAACUUGGAAACUGGGAAACCAUAGCGAUGUUCAACAACCUGCGGCUAACCCUUUCUUUAAAAAAAAUAAAUACGAUCACUCCACUUGAGAACAGAGAGCUGGCCAGCACACUGCUUUUCGGGGGUACAGCUUCUUAAAAUCUGCAUUCUGGUUAGUUUGAUCUGGUGGCUUUUCUGUAACACACAGUAAAGCCAUGCACGCCUGUGCUGAGUUUCCGAGCAGUGCUAGUAAUCUGUGUGUGGCAUUCACCCACGCUAAGAUUAACAGGAUGGGUUUCUAGCGUGAGCUAAACUGACCACUAAUUCACCACUUUUUUUUUUUGGUACAAACCAACAACUCAAAUUACUAAAACAACUUCAUACAGAACAAAACACUGAAUAGUCGCUGACAGAUGCCAGAUGCUAUGCACCAAAAUAGCUACUUACUUUUUAACAGGGUACAAAUGCGUGAACUGUAACUAGAAUAUAUGACAGUUAAAUGGAUGCGUUAAACCACAAUUAUUAAUACAACGGGUUGUUGUUGUUGUUAUUACAGUGCUCUGAAUCUCAUGGAAAGACAACAAAGGAUAUUUUGUUCCAACCAACUCAGGUUUUGCCAAUGCAGAAACUGUUUAUUUCCAUUUGAAUUUCGCAGAAAAAAAAAAGACAAAACAAGCCUGAAACUUGCUCUCAAUAAUAAAUCUAAAUGUCACCAAAAACCCCAAAUGCUGUUUAUAACCCUCGGUUUAGCUUAUCAGUUUCAUCAUCAAGAGAUAACACCUGACUGGAGCUGGUUCAAGCUGCAGUGCUCCACAAUCAGUCAGUUUCAGACAAAAUGCCAUUGAUUGCUGUCACUGUACUACGCGCUACCGGUCAGGUUUAUGGGCACAGUCUAUUAUUAAUAUCCCCCUGCUUGCUUGUUACUGUGUGGACGUAGCUGCAGAAAGACUUGCAGCACUAGAAGCAUCUAUAUUACUUUCACCAAGACAAGAAUGGCAUUAAUGUUCUGAUUUGCUCACAGACCACGACCAUCAUUGGAAUUGAUACUUCAGAAACUGUUAAAUCGUUCUUUAAAAAAAUUUUAAAAAGUUUGCACUGCAAUUUUAAAUAACCGAGACAUGAAUAAAUGUUAGCAGCGAUUAAAUAUUUCUAGCAUGAGGAAUGUUGCAUAAUGUUUGUGGAUAAAGAGCUACUUGGACAGGCGGGUUCUCCAGACAACAGAGUCCACUGUGGGGUGACCUGGGGUUUCCUGAAGCUGCACAACAUCCUGUUUUUUUUUGUCAGAAGUCUCAUUGUAUGUUUGUCGAGUUGCUGAGUUAACCACACAGUGUAAUACAGCCCAGUG